AUGAAGUUCUCAUUGGUGGCACUGGCAACCCUUGUUGGGGCUGCUGUUGCCGACCUGGACCCCAUCGUUAUCAAGGGAUCCAAGUUCUUCUACUCCAGCAAUGAUACCCAAUUUUACAUGCGUGGUGUCGCCUAUCAGCAAACCGCCGAUGGUGAUGACUACACUGAUCCUUUGGCCGAUGCCACUGCCUGUGCUCGUGAUGUUCCUAUCAUGAAGGAGCUGCGCACUAACGUCAUCCGAACCUACGCCAUCAACGCCUCUGCUGACCACUCCGCCUGCAUGAAGCUCCUAUCUGAAGCUGGAAUCUACCUGAUCUCCGAUCUUUCUGACCCCUCGCAAUCGAUUGACAGAAGUGACCCAUCCUGGGAGACCACUCUGUACACUCGUUACACUAGCGUUAUCGACGAACUCUCUCAGUACAACAACACUAUUGGUUUCUUUGCAGGGAACGAGGUUUCCAACACCGUUGCCACUUCCGACGCCAGUGCCUUCGUCAAGGCUGCUGUCCGUGACAUGAAGAAGUACAUCAAGCAGAAGGGAUACCGCAGCAUGGGUGUCGGAUAUGCUACUGCUGACGUUUCAGCUAUUCGUGAGAAUAUGGCCGACUACUUCAACUGCGAGGAAGAGGACGAGACCAUCGACUUCUGGGGAUACAACAUCUACUCGUGGUGUGGUACCUCCACCUACGCUGAUUCCGGAUACAAAGAUCGCACCGAAGAGUUCAGCAACUACUCUGUCCCCGUCUUCUUCGCUGAAUACGGUUGCAACGACGUUACUCCUCGCAAGUUCACUGAGGUCAAAGCUUUGUACGGAGACACCAUGGCUGAGGUCUGGUCCGGCGGUAUUGUUUACAUGUACUUCCAGGAGACCAAUAACUAUGGUCUGGUCUCUGUGGUCGACAGCACCAGUGUCAGCACCAUGGCCGACUUCAAGUACUACUCCAGCGAAAUCGCCAGUGCCAACCCUACCGGUACGAACAAGGCAUCAUACACUCCUACCAACACCGCACUGAGAAGCUGUCCCACCGUCGGCACCAAGUGGUCUGCCAAGGCCUCUCCCCUCCCCCCUAGCGCCGACGUGAACCUCUGUGAAUGCAUGUACGAUGCCGCAGGCUGUGUUGUCUCCGACUCCCUGUCCACCAGCAAAUACGCCAAGCUCUUCAGCACUGUCUGCGGAUACACCGACUGCAGUGGUCUUACUGCCAACGCCACUACCGGUGAGUAUGGUUCUUACGGCAUGUGCUCCACCAAGCAGCAGCUUGCCUUCGCCUUGAAUAAAUACUACGUUGAGCAGGACCGCGCUGCCACAGCUUGCAACUUUGCCAGCUCUGCAACUACCAAGGCCACCACUGCUGCUACCGGUACCUGCUCUGCUCAGAUGAAGGAGGCUGGCACUGCCGGAACUGGUACCGUUACCACUGAGGCCACUGCUACUGCUGACACGAGCUCUGGCUCCUCUACUUCCACUUCUUCCAGUGGUGCGGCUUCCAGCAUUCACUCCAGUGCGUCUUUCGGAUCGCUCCAGGUCGCAGUCUACGUGGGUACUGCGCUGCUGGCUGGCGUUGGUAUGAUCGCGCUGUAA